AACUUACCAAUGGCCAGUUUGUCAUAAAUCUUAUGCUUACGAAACAGAAUAUGGCAUCGGUUUACCAAAUCCUGAGGAUCAAUACCAGUUUGAAGGGUCACAUCCGAAAGUACAAUGCAUUCCAAUCAGCCUUAACGGCAGUAUGGACGCCAUUAUGGAUCUCAACGUCACUUCCGCUGUGCAAUUUGGUGAUUACACACUUAGCGUUUUUAUCUAUCCGACCGCCGCCACAGGUGUCAUCUUUCACUAUCGCUCGGAAGAUUUCGUCCAGCAUUUCGUGCUUUGGAUUGCAGGAGGGAUAUUAUCGAUGGAAAUUUAUGAAGGGGACACUGUGGUCAGUAAAGGGGCAAUGGAUCAACCAAGUAUCUUUGUUAAAAACUGGUACUUUGUUGCCCUUAUAGUCCAGCAUAUGAAUAACAUAGAACUCCAGAUCCAACGGAAAUCUGCACCCCAAACGAAAUCCUUUGGAGUAAAGCAGUCUCAUACACUACCUUUGAACGUUCCGGGGCAGAUUCGUAUCGGGGCUAUGUUUGAACGUGGUCAAAACCAGGGGCCAGCGCCGAGUGACUUUGUUUCCAAUUUCCAAGGGCAGAUGAUAUGCGUCCAGAUGUAUAAUCUGAGGUUCCCGACUGCGUAUUACGAUAGCGCCCUUGAUCAAUGUAACAACGCCAACUUCCCAAGUGUCGUGCUGUUGCCUGCUACGCCUGCUCCGAUCAUAACCACAACUCCGAGGACUAUUUGUGCUCAUUUCGAUAGACGCGAUCUGGUCUUCACACGGGUACAGGAAAACAGUCGACUUCUUUCAAGCAUAAACGACUUGGACACGAUAGUUAACACCUCUCUUAGAAGAUGUGCAGUCUACUGUGUCAGGAAUCAAAAGUGCGUGUCCUUCACCGUUACUAAGACAGCAGAAGAUGAUAAAACAUGUCGGCUUUAUCCCGUGUACAAUACCGUCUACGUCACGGCAAGCAGCAAAACAGACUUGUAUGUAAUAAACGUGUGUACGUAAAAGGAAACCUGGAAAUGUAUACUAACCAUAUAUUUUGUCAUCGAGAAUGACACUAGUAAGAGUCGCAAUGUCGUCUUUAUCGUCGUCCGGAGUAUCGAGAAUGACACUAGUAAGAGUCGCAAUGUCGUCUUUAUCGUCGUCCGGAGUAUCGAGAAUGACACUAGUAAGAGUCGCAAUGUCGUCUUUAUCGUCGUCCGGAGUAUCGAGAAUGACACUAGUAAGAGUCGCAAUGUCGUCUUUAUCGUCGUCCGGAGUAUCGAGAAUAUGUUAUCGUUGCAUUUCGUCCUGUAGAAUAACAGGAACAGGUCAUUAUUAUCUGUCUUCUUCAUUAAUAAGACAAUAUUGUCAUCAAUAUUUACACAUCUCGGACAGAAUUGUUGUAUUUGACUCGUUAUAAUCGGUCACGUGGAGACGCCGUAUAAAGAGGGGUCAGUAAUAUACCUUACUGGUGAUAUGGCGGCCUUUGUCUUUCGCUUCAAAAUAUGAGCAAAUCAGGUCUACAAAAAUGCAGUAUAUCCGGAACAAACACCUUCCUGCGUUUUAUUUUUGUCUAGAAUCGUCCUGAAUUGGAUGGACACCAAUGUAUACGAGUUGUCUCUCAUACGCCAGUUGAAAAUAGUUGACGUCAGUUGACGAUUUGAAAGCAUCUUGUUAACAAAUAUGGCAUGCUAUCGGCAGACGACAUAAGUAAUAAUUGACGGGGAAUACAGAAGACGAUGAAGUGUAAAUGCGUUAAAUAUAAGUCAACAGGGGACUAGAUUUAUAGUUUGAGAACUCUGGAAAUUAGAUUAGGUCUUUUACAUUUCUUCUUGGACGCUAGGAAGACUGAUGGAACAGGAUACGAUACGUCCCAGUUGUAUCAAAGGGGGAUAUAAAAAGGUCCUCGGUGCGAUAACUUUGUUAUACGGUUUGCUACUGACCUACAUAUUGUCAUCAUCAUUGUCUUCAAGAUCACCGAUAAUAUAUUGUUAUAAACAUCAGCAAUGUAUAUGCUUCAUAUUGAUUAGAAGCUGAUACAUAUUUAUCCCUGUAGAUUGAAGCUAAGGUAAAUCCUUUCCGUGUUAAUUGAUAUUUUUUCUUGCUCAUUAACGCUGGAAUUAUUCUGUCUGGAUAUAUUGAAGAUGUGGUAUAUUUUAUCUUUGCGUAUAUUGACACUGAAGUAUAUUUUGACUUUAUGUAUUGACGGUGUGGUCAUUAUGUCUUUGUUUAUUGACGGUGUGGUAUAUUGUGUCUUUGUGUAUUGGC